AUGUCGGUGGAAGUGCAGUCCUUGGCAAUCAAUGCACUGACGAAACGUAUCCAAGAAGAAGCCAAGGUCUUACCAGAUGGCAUUUUGAGGGUCGCCGAUUUCCUGAACUACCGGGUAGAUCCUGUGCUGAUGGACAACUGCGGAGCCAUUCUGGCAAACAAACUUUCGAAGCGAAAACUCACCAAAGUUCUGGCGGGAUGCUCCAGUCAGGGCCUCCUCCCAGCAUUAGCAACUUCCAGACAUUUGGGCAUCCCGGUGGUUUUCGCAUAUGCCUCAGUACCAAGCGCCUGGGGUCGGCGAGAAACUUUUUCUGCGACCAUUCAGGGACGAACGCACUGGGUCUUGAAGGAGGCCAUCUCGGCUGAGGAUCAUGUAGUGAUUAUCGAUGACAUCGUCAGGACUGGGUCUACGGUGGAGGCCUUGAAGUCCAUCUGUCAACAAGCCGGUGCCAAAUACCUGGGGGCAGGUGCCAUCAUCCACAACCGUCUCAAUGGCCAGACUUGGGAUGGAGAGCUGGAGAGCUUGGCUCAGGUGUCUCCGCCCUCCGCUUUUGGCCGGGCCGUGGACAUCAGCCCAGCCGUAAACGACUUGGCGCUGCCGGAGGUGGUGGCGGCCGAUGUCCUCACUGAGCGCGUGAUGACGGAAGGAAAGGUGUUGCCCGGGAAUCUGCUGAAGGUUUAUUCCUUCAUCAACCAUCAGGUGGACACGGGGCUGAUGGAUAUGUGCGGCCAGUUGUUGGCGCGUGUCUUCGCUGGCUUCGGUGUCUCAAAGGUUCUUACUGCACAGACUGGAGGUCUACCUCCGGCGCAUGCAGUCGCCACGGCUUUGCGAGUACCCUUGGUGUGCGCCAGGGAGUCUCAUGAGAAUGACACCGCAGUGAUUGAAACCAUGUACAGCGCACCAUCCGAAAGCUUUACCAAGAAGAAGAAACUCGUCCUCUAUGUGACCAAGGAAAGCUUGAGUGCCAACGACACUGUGCUGGUGGUGGACGAUUUUCUGGCCACUGGGACGACUGGAGUUGCAUUGCACAAAAUCAUUCAACAAGCGGGCGCUGCUGCAGCUGGCAUGGCAUUCCUUGUGGAGAAACGCUUUCAGGAUGGUCGAGGAAAGAUCCUGCGGGAGUUACCGGAGAUGUCGGGGCGCAUUGUCUCACUGGCGUGCAUUGAGUCUAUGUCAGAGGAUGGUAUCAACCUGGACUGUAAGGUGGUGGGUGACUGCAAACCACUCCCAAGUGUGGACGACCAUGUGAUGAUUGACCGCGUCUUGGAAUGUGCCCAACCUGCCACUGGCUAUGGCAUGAUCAACGCCACAACCUUUCUGAACCACAAAGUCGAUACGAAACUCAUGGAUCAGGCGGCCUUCGUCCUGGCCAAGCGCUUCGUGGACGCCCGCUGCAGCGCGGUGCUCACGGCGGAGAUGUCCGGGGUGGCGCCCGCGGCGGCGCUGGCCAGGAAGCUGCGAGUGCCGUUGGUUUGUGCCAGGCGUGAGCUGAGCGAAGUGAUGAAGGUGUCGGGUGGUACUAUCUCUGCAAAGGUCGAGGGAAGCACCGACUUGGCCCGUGGCAUGCUACACAUCUUCAAAGUGCUGGUCGUUGAUGAUAUCUUGGGCAAUGGCGCUACAGCACUGGCGAUGCAGGAUCUUUGUGAUCAGGUGGGCGCCACUGUGGUUGGAAUGGGUUUCCUUCUGGAGAAGGAUGCCGACCUUGGGCACCCGGGAGCCUUCCGCUGCCCUCUGCAGGUCUUCCAACAUGGCCGAGGCAAAAUCCUUGCGAAGCGUCCGCAACUGACAGAUGGUAUCGUUGCCCUCACAAAGAUUCUAUCCAUGGAUGAUCAAGGACUGAAGGUCUUCCGCUGUCCCGAGCCUCAACGUGAGACCUGGCUGCGUGUGGCCAGCGAUUUAGUGCGCCGCAUGAGUGCAGAGGUCGAGAUUGACGUGGCAGCGAAUGCCAUGAAGUUCCGCAGCGUUUUGGGCCUCCAUAUGAGCAUGGAUCCAGUGCUGCUUGAUGCGUGUGGCGAUGUCUUAGCAGCUCAGUUCGCAGGUGUGACCAAGGUACUCACAGGUGCCCCUGUGCAGGGUCUCUCUGUGGCUUAUGUCGUUGCUCGACACUGUGAAGUACCAAUGGUCUUUGCACGUACCGGUGUUCCGCUUACCAUGAAGGGUCAGAAGAUCUUGAGCGCACAGGCACCAUCUGGCAACUUCAACGUCUCAGCGGAGUUCUUUGGGCCUUCGGAUCGUGUGCUGAUCGUAGAUGAUUUUUUGGCUUCGGGUCAAACUGCCAAAGCCUUGCAACAAAUUUGUGUUGAGGCGGGGGUCCAAAUUGCUGGCUUCGCUUUCUUGGCGCUCAACAAGACACAGUUGGUGGGUCAGCGAACUGCUGCGAAUGGUCAUGGACCCACAGGCCGAGAAGCGUUGGGUCCCAACAAGGUGGUAGUUCUGGCAGAGGUCUUGGGAGGUAUCACUCAAGGACGCUGUGAAGUGAAACUGGCAGAUUGGCUUCAGCGCUUGUCUUGA